ACCGCGGUGCCUGCUGGGAACAACAAAGUCGACAAGCCGCCAUCUUGCCUUGGAACGACUUAGGAGGGCAAAUUAAGGAGCUGUUUGAAUGCGAUUUUGAGCAAAGUAGAGGUGUUUGCGCUGGUUGCAUUGGUCGGUGUUCCUCUGUGGAGCUUUAGCAGCGCGGCCGCUGGAGUGGAGUCUGCAGUGUCGUCCAGAUAUCCGCCGUAAGACUGGUCAGCAUGGGCCGCUCACGCAGCCGAAGCACGUCCCGGUCCAAACACUCAAAAAGCAGCAAGCACAGCAAGAAACGGAGCCGGUCUCGGUCUCGGUCCAGAGACAGGGAGAGGUCCAAGAAGCGAUCCAAGUCCCGGGAGGCCAAGAGGAACCGGCGCAGAGAGUCCCGCUCCCGGUCCAGAUCCACCACAGCCUCGUCCCGCAGAGAGAGACCAGCGUCUCCCCCGGAGAGGAUCGACAUCUUCGGCAGGACUCUGAGCAAGAGGACCGCUCUGGAUGAGAAGCAGAGGAAGGAAGAGGAGGAGAGGAAGGCAGAGAUGGAGAGACAGAGGAAAAUCAUCGUCUUCCCUCCUGUCUCCAGCCGUCAGCAGGAGAUUGAGGAGAAGCUGAUCGAGGAGGAGACGGCCCGGCGGGUGGAGGAGCUGGUGGCCAAGCGGGUGGAGGAGGAGCUGGAGAAGCGGAAGGACGAGAUCGAGCGGGAGGUGCUGCGGCGCGUGGAGGAGGCCAAGCGCAUCAUGGAGCGGCAGCUGCUGGAGGAGCUGGAGCGGCAGCGGCAGGCCGAGCUGGCGGCGCAGAAGGCCAGAGAGGAGGAAGAGAAAUCCAAGCGGGAGGAGCUGGAAAAAAUCCUGGAGGAGAAUAACCGCAAGAUCGCCGACGCUCAGGCCAAGCUGGCCGAGGAGCAGCUACGGAUCGUGGAGGAGCAGAGAAAGAUCCACGAGGAGCGCAUGAAGCUGGAGCAGGACCGGCAGCGGCAGCAGAAGGAGGAGCAGAAAAUCAUCCUGGGGAAGGGCAAGUCCAGACCCAAGCUGUCCUUCUCUCUGAAGGCCACCGAAUGAGACUCCGCUCCGUCCUGCCGCCACGCCCUGCACCCCCCCCCCCCCAUGCCCCCCCCCCCCUCCUGAUCCAGCCCCGCUCCAUGUCGUCCGCUGCGGAAUGCUCGCUUCGUUUUGGAAGUGCUAACGGAAAGCUUGGGAACGUGACUUGUUGAACCUCCCGGUCCUGAGGAGGAGGAGGAGGAGGAGGAGGAUGCUCCUUCAUCAUCCCCCCCCCCCUACCAGACACAAUGACUCCUCCUGCUUGUUUUUACUUUCACUUUUAGGGACCUGGAAGUCUUAAAUGUGCCGUAGCGCUGACAGCAGCAGACGCUCGCCGGCAGCUCGGGGUCGUCCUCCUCCGGCCGCCGCGAAGGCAGCCAUGGCUUCACAUCCGGCCCACCUCUCCGUGUCUUCCACCCAUCCAUCACGCUGCCCCCCCUCCCCCCCGUGCUGCCGCAGGCGAGCCGGGACCCCCCCGACCUGCCGGCGAUCGGUUCCGACGGGAAACGGAGGACAGAAGCCAUUUCCUGUGCCGUGUUUUUAAAUCCUCCUCGCGGUUUAAGCCGUCUUACAAAAAAAAGCGAUCCGUCGGUUAGAGAUGAGUGGAAAAUUGUGGGAAAUGCUCGGUUUGUUCUCCGACAAGUUUCCCGACGUCCCGUCUGCGUCCCCCCCCCCCACUUGUGUUGUAGUAAAUUAACUUGGCGAAGCCGCCUGUUGGUAAGUCUGAGUCGUAGAGGAAACGCGAGUUCAGGUAAGACGAGGUCAGAGCGUGUGUGUGUGUGUGUGUGAGAGAGGAUGAGUGUGUGUGGCUGACCUACGGUGGGUAUCAUAACUUUAUUCUGUGGAAUCUUAAUUUUGUCGUGAGUUUUUCUCUCUCCCCCCCCCCCCCCCCAUCAAUUGUCAAAGGACUGAACAGAUCAAUAAAUCCAUUGAAUGCCAACAGCAGGUCUCCUCAUUGCUCCGCCUCGGCUUUAAUUCAGCAAAGCUGCAGCAGGAUGCUCAUUCAGCCGCUUUAGCUUCCAGGUGGAACCCAAACGGAAACGUUUUUUUAGUUCCAGUUGCUGCAUACCGUAUUUUUCGGACUAUAAGUCGCAUCAGUCAAAAAAUGCGUAAUAAAGAGGAAAAAAAUCACAUAAGUCCCACUAGACCAUAACUCAUUUAUUUCACAUAAUCCAAGACUGAAAUCUGACAUUUAAUCUGGUAAACCAAUUUAAUAAAUUACACAGCUGCAUCCACAAUUGGCUAAAUAACAUGGAACAUACCUGGGAGGAUGAUAGGAGUAAAUUAGCACAACAAGCUAGCAGCGUUUCAGCAUAGCGGCCCGUUAUGCUGAAAAUUGUCAUAAUUGCACCUAAAUCAGACCGUGAGCUUAACGGUGCUACGUGCUAAGCUAACAGUACGACACGGAUGUUUCAGAGCAACAUAAAGCUCAGGUGCAUCAGUGAAGGUGUAAACCACCUGGACAUCAGAGCUGUAAGCUAGCGCUAGCUGCUAUUAGCGGUCCGGGUCCUUGGAGCGACACUAUGCAACGCUCCGCUGCGUGAAUUCAGACUGAAACUGUCAAACUACAUACAAACAUGUUCCGUCUUUGUUGUUUAUUUAUAAGUUAAUGUUUCAACUAAUUUAUAAGUGGUACAGCAGCAGGAUCGUUUUCAGGAGCGUAGAGCGCCCCUUGUGGCUAUAGACGGUAAUGUUUACUCCUUAGUUCAUGUUGGUCAAUAUGAAUUAUUUAAAAUUGAUAAAUAAGACGCACUCCACUAAGUCGCAGCAUGAGCAAAAACUGGAAAAAAAGCGCGGCUUAUACUCUGAAAAAUAUGGUAUAUAUCUAUACAUAUUCUUUUUUUUUUUGGUCAUAUUUUUCAAGUUAAGUUUUUGAGCGAUUAGCAGCUUGGCAGCAGAUGCUGUGAUUUAAAAACAGGUCAUGGACUUACGGUCCAAACUGAAGGACGUCAAAGCUACGAGCGGAUAAGUCACCGUUUGUUCGGUCCACCGUCGCCCAGCAGACUACAAAAAUGGCCGAACGGGGUGGAGUGGAACGCCCUGUGACCUGAAGGGGGCGGGGCUUGAAGAUCCUUAUUUAGAUUUAAAGAGACGGCACCAAAACGAGUUGAUCUCAGACACUCAGAACAGGGGAUAAAAAAGGGGAAGGUGGGGGUAAAUUAACGAGAAAUUCAGACCAAAUCGCUGUUUUUACUCUUUAUGGACCACGGCUGGAGGAUUUCCACGUGAAAAGGACGGCGUUAAAAGCCUGAUAUGUCCCCUUUAUGGCGUCCAUCCAGUCCUGCUGGAGGCUGCGUCGCUCCGAGGACAGAUCCAUAAUGGUCCGAUAGGCUGAACUCCAUCCAUGGAGGAGGAACUCGUUAACAUCCGGCACCUUCCUGUCCAGCUCAACAGAUUCAAGCUGAGCUUCAGAAAUCCAGAGAAGAAGCCGCUUUAUUUCAGCCGCUGUGACGUCCAGCCCUCAGUUUGGCGUCGCCUCUUUUCAUUUGUUUCCCCACAGAAUUAAACGGAUGAAUGAACAUCCUGGAGAAGCUGAUGUUGUAGUGUUGUUCUAGUUUCUCACUGUUCUGAUGUUGGUAAUAAUUUGGCAGCUGGUUCCUUCAGAGGCUGAAGCGGGAGAAGCUUUUCCAGGAUGGACAUGUUCAUAGAUGGCUGAGCUGACCUCCAGCUCAUUCUGUAUUUAACAUGUUGGUUAAAUGUUAACAUGGAUGUUUUAUGUAUGUUUUUUUCUUUCUUGUACACUGAAAAUAAAUGAAUCUCAGAUAAAACGUA